UCCUCCCUCUCCUCCUCUCCUCCUCUCAGGGCUGUAUAUAAGUGUGGAUGGCUGGCUUGUGUUUCAGACUGACAGACUGAGGGAAUGAACGCGGGCUUGUCGGACGCACGGCGCCGAGGGCCACCAUGACCCCUGCCGUGACCCCCCAAAAGAAGAGACCCUCACCUCCCCACGGACUGCUGGUUUUUGUCAGUGUGCAGCAUCUACAGGAUGAUUGACAGCUGCUCCUCCUGAACCCCAGGAUGCCUGUGGUGCCAGUGGGCGGGACAUCCUCCUCCCAGCAUGUGGUACCUGUCGCCCUCACCUGCUCCUGGCUGCUGCUGCUUUUCCACGCUGCCUUCGGUCAGAAACCCGCCAAGCUGCCUCUGAUCGGCCGGAAGCCCUUCAUUGCAGCCUGGAACGCCCCGCUGGACAUGUGCACCAUCAAGUACAAUGUCACUACCAACCUUGACCACCUCUUCCAGAUCCAUGGGAGCCCGCGUGCUGGUUGGACAGGCCAGAACAUCACCAUCUUCUACGCCAAUCGGCUGGGGUUUUACCCCUACUACACGCCGCAGGGUACCGCCGUGCACGGUGGUGUGCCACAGAACUGCAGCCUGGACCUGCACCUGUUCAAGGCCUACCAGGACAUCAACCACUUCAUCCCUGCAGAAGACUUCCGUGGCCUGGCUGUCAUCGACUGGGAGUUCUGGCGGCCUCAGUGGAGCCGUAACUGGCACAAGAAGGACAUCUACCGUAGAAAGUCGAGGGAGCUUACCUCCAAGGCGUACUUCAACGUGACAGCGGCGCAGGUGGAAGAGCUGGCACGGCGGCGCUUUGAGAAGAGCGCCCGGGCGUUCAUGCAGAGGACUAUUCAGCUUGGGACGCGCCUUCGCCCCAACGGCCUCUGGGGUUUCUACCUCUACCCUGACUGCCACAACUACAACCUGCAUGACCAGAACUACACAGGCUUCUGCCCCCUGCUGGAGAGCCUGAGGAACGACGAGCUGCUGUGGCUGUGGAACAGCAGCACAGCGCUCUUCCCCUCCGUGGCGAUCAGGAAAAGUAACACCAACAGCAUCAGCAACCUGCACUUCUCCCAGAACAGGAUACGAGAGUCGCUCCGCGUUGCCUCGUUGACCUCGAAGGAGUACGAACUCCCCACCUACGUGUACCUGAGGCUGGGCUACCGAGACGAAGCCAUGGCCUUCCUCACCACAAAAGACUUGAUCCACACCAUCGGGGAGAGCGCUGCUCUGGGAGCUGCAGGAUUCGUCAUCUGGGGCGACCUGAACCUGACCUCAUCACGGUACAACUGCACCAAAGUGAAGUCCUUCCUGAGCCAUCGUCUGGGUCAGUACAUCACCAAUGUGACGCGAGCCGCCGAGGUCUGCAGCGACUUUCUGUGCCAGGGGAAUGGCCGCUGUGUCCGCCGAGACCCCCAAGCCCGCCAUUACCUCCACCUGAGCGCCAACAGCUACAACAUCCAGCCCUCCGGCGACGGGGACUUUGCCGUCACCGGGUGGCACUCGCAGCACGAACUGCAGCUACUGACUGAAAGGUUUCGCUGCCACUGCUACGAAGGCCACGAGGGCGAGCGCUGCGACAGCAUCAACGAAGUGAAGGAGGACGACGAACAGUGGAAGGAGGAGGACGACGAGCAGGAGAGGCGCAGGACGGAGUGGGAGGAUGAGCAGGAUGAUCAGUGGGAGGGAGGGGAGAGUGCGGCGCCGCCAACCGGCUGCAGCCCUCACCUGAUGUUGUUGAUUCUCCUGUUGAAUUUAUCGUUAGUGAAGACGGUUGUAUGAUGCACUCUGCAGUCAUUUUCAACACAGAGCAUCAUCUCAUGGCCUUUGGUCUCUGACAGCUGCUGACAGGCUUCAGACAUGUCAGCAGCUCUCUGAGGCUGGACUUACGCACAGUGGUGCUUUGAGCUAAAUGCUAACAUCAGCAUGUUAACAUGCUCACAAUCAGUGUGUUUACAUGCACCUUAGUAACCAGGUUACCCAGAGAAACCAGGUUAAAUGGGUAAACCAGGAACACAUUUACAUGCUCUGUAGUUACUGUGAAUCUGUGUGUACAUGCAGCACAUCAGUAACCAGAUUUCUCUCCUACCACCAACCUUAUUUUGAAAGAAAUCGGUAUUCUGAGGAAACCAGGUUUCUCUAAUCCUCUACCCCAGUUACAGAAACCAGGUUUCUUGUUUACAUGACAGUUAAAAAUGCAUGUAAAUGCACUGAAUGAUAAUCCUAACAUGUUGAUGUUUAGAUGUUGAUGUUCAUCUUCCUGUGUUAGCAUGCUAACAUUUGCUGAUUAGCAUUAAUCACAAAGUACAGUUGAAGCUGAUGGGAACGCCAUUAGAUCCAACUGAAUAAAUGAAAACUUUGUCCCAUCAGAGGAUCACCAAAGUCAUUAGAGUUUAUCUGCUUGGGAACUUCUAUCUGUAUCAAAUUAUAGUCAAGACACUUCACUCUGAACCAAAAGGUGGCGCUAAAGGAAAGGUCAGGAGAUCACCAAAGUUGGUAGGCAUCGUCUUCUGGGGACCAUGGAUGCAUGUACAAACUUUCAUGGUGAUACAUUUGACAGUCUAGAACAAUUUUGGAACAAACUGUUUCCUGAGCCGUGUCGCUAGUGUGGCUAAAAACAUGACACUUCCCUUUUUAAGUGGUGUGAUGGCACUUUACAUGACACAGAGGUGUUUCAUGUUGACAGAUGAAGGUUUGGUUGGUUGUUUUACAGUUCAACCAGUUAGACUUUGACUUCUGUGAUAAUCUGCACUGCCUCUUUGGCCAACAACUGCAUCAGUUCUCCCAGGAAUGUUACUUUGUAAAUGUACAUACUAUAUGUUUUACUUUUAAAGGAUGAGUCUGGUGAUUUUCUAUAUUUUUCUU